AUGAGGGGUUUUGAGCUGAAAUUACAUGUGGCGAUUGUGGAUCUGGAUUUCGAUUUGAGGUUAGAUGUGAAGCUUCACGCGGGAAAGGUCUCCGCUGAGGGACAGCUGAAAAUUACAACAACCGAUGCCUUGGAGAAAGAUCUCGCUCAUGAUUCGAAGGAGACAGCAGAUGGUGAGGGAACAAAGACUGAUGAUAGCGAUUUCAAGGCUAAUUCGUUUCUUGAUGAGGGGAAUACUCUUAGGAUGCUGUUCGCGGAAGAAGACUCAGUCAUGGCUCCGCCGGAAAGUGAUAUCGCUCCAUCGCCGCAGAUUACUACUAAUCCUGAGAAGAUUCCAAGGAAUUGUCGUCUGGCUCUACCAAAAACGUUGUCCCAGACUCUUCUACCGGUCGAGAAUGAGGCGGACGAGACCGGCGGAGACUGUUUUGGCUACUGGUUUCAUUGA